AUGACAGAAGAAGAGGAGCUCUUGGCCAAGAUCGGCCAGCUUGCCGGCCAAAUCAACCAGCACAAAAAUCAGUCUAAUCCUGCUACGCGCGGUGGGCAUUCCGGCGCUCCUUAUGCUCGACAUGCGCGAGGCGGCUGGAGGCCUUAUCGUGGACGAGCAAGGGGAGCCUCCAGGGCUCUCGCGGGACCGCAUAGAAACCGAACACUUGUGCUUAAUAGCCAAAGCACGCCAUCGGACCCAGCAAGCUCCGUUGCUUCACCAUAUGCAUCUACCGAUGAAACCAGCGACGCAAAGCAGGGCACGAAUAAUGCAUGGGUAGCGAAGAGAGAUCGCCACAUGCAGCUAAUCAACUCGUCAAUAUUUAACCAGGAAACACAGGCUAGGAACAAAGCUAUUGCAGAAACUCGGAGGUUGAAAGAACAGAAGAAAGCGGAGCGAGAGGAAUCGAUGGUCUUGCGGCAUGCCCAAUCCGCCACACAUUUCCCUGAAUCUAGCAAGAUUGCACAGCAAUCUGAUAGAAGGACAUAUACCAUCCUUGUCGGAGAUACACCAUUUCAGGUUGCUCAGGGUGGAAGCAAAUUGGUUUCUCUUUCCAGUACUUGCUUUAAGGGCCCAACCUGCCCGUAUAUCCACGAUCCAAAUAAAGUCGCCAUCUGCAAGGAAUUCCUCCAGACAGACAAUCUCGCUGAAGGAGAGUCAGACGAGGAUGUCUCUAGCGAUGAAGAAGUGUAUGACGAGAUCGACACCGAUGAUGUCGAUUCUGACGACCUGGAAGGGACAGAAGAAAUCACCCAAGGCGUUGAUGGCGGGGAUGCUUCCCAGCAGCUAGACUUUAUUGGGUUCUCAUAG